AUGGCCGAUAGUGAGGGCUAUUCUCAUUAUGAGGAGUUUGAUGAUUUCAUAGUAGACGACGGGAAGUAUGCCUCUGGAGACGUUGGAAGCAGACCUCGUCAAGAAUCAAAGGAGGGACAAGACACAGAGGAAGAUGAACAACACGAAGAGCAUUUAGACGCGAGACUAAUGGACUUCCACGCGUCACAUAACGCAUCAAGGCCGAACCCUAUUACUGUUUCACCUGAACAGCAGUUGAUUAAAGCCCAUAUAUCGGUGUUAGUUACUGCACUAGGAGGUCCAGAUCAUACCAGUACUGAAACCCCCCCUCCAUAUAAACUUGGAUUAGACGCGUUGGCGUGUCUUAAAGAUAUCAAGCGAUGGAUUCGAGCAGUGGACGAAGCCAAACAUGCAUAUGACGUUGCCUUAGCGUGUCAUGAAUCCAAAUUAAUGGUUGAUUUGGUAUCAAUUACCAGUCAAUGGGAAAGACAAGCAGCCACCAAGACAGUUAGGAGCCCUAAACAAAUGGAAAGAAUCAUCAUUGCGUGCUUGGAGCUAAUGGUACUUUUGACUUGGCCUUUAGUGUAUGAUAAUGAUUUAAGUCCCCUACAAAAACUUCAAUUUUCAGCUAUGAAGAAGGCUCAAUUGGCAGAUAAAAAGUUGAUCCUUCAAUAUGGAAUGGGACUGACUUUAAAAGCCAUGAUUCGGUUGGUCUUGCCGAUCAUGAGCAAAGACCGAUUUGAUCGAGACAAUAAGGAUAAUGCUUUAGUCCGGUUGGUUCUCUUCCUUAUCCGUAACAUUUUAUUCAUUCAACCGGGUCACAGUUCACUUGGGACAAAGAACGAUAACAGAACUGUUUUAGACGAUUUGCUUCCGGAAAACGUAUCUCUUGAAGAAAUUUCCAUGAACACAGUUAUCCCCACGUUUAAAAAGAAUAAGGUGUUCCUCUUCUUAUUGACCAUGACUACCGCAUUGGGGUCGGACUUUAAUAAACAAAUGUUUGGUCCUAUCUCUUUGGAGUGUAUAUAUUUACUCACUAGAGGCAUCAGGCCAAGUGAUCUUAUUAGGAAACAAGUAGGUGUCCCCAAGUCCAAGCCAACGAGGGUUGAUGCCUCAGAGCUUGAUCCUAAAGUUGUACCUUCUUCAAGUUCAACAGCACUGAUGGAACUCAAGGACCUUUUAAAUGCUGAAAGCAAGAAGAAACAAAUUCAAUCACAAUUUCUUUCCACUCGUCAUGGACGUUUUGGAUCACUUGUUUCUCUUAGAAAUGAUCAAAAUGUCACUUCAAUGGUAAUCUCAGGUCAAGAAGCCCUUUAUUCAUCUGCAGCAGCCUUAGACCGUUUGGAUAAGGCCAAAUCGUGGAAAAUCCCUAGUCGAGUCAAGUAUGAUUCGGAUGAUUAUGUUUCCGGAACAAUUACAUAUGUUAAUGUUACAUCAAGCGCAUUACUUCAGCUGUUUGUGGAUGAUCUAUUGGCUGCUGGAUGUAUCAAUAAUUUAAUUUACAGUGUGGCAUCGGUUCUUUCGUCACUGUUGGAAACAACACUGCCUUAUGAUAGAGCGGUGUACUUUCUUACUCAGUCCUGGUUCCUCAAAUAUAAAAGAGACCGUAACAGUCUACCAGAUGAUCAACUAUUAAUAUUGUUUAGUGACUCUAAGGGAUUUGGGUCCAUUGGUUCUGUUCUUGGUGAUUUAAACUUCAGACUUAUGGUUCAAUAUUUCCAAGAUGCUUGUUCCAGCAGAGAUUGGAAUUCUAUCCAUGUGUUUUUGGUAUGUUUCAAUGAGUUUUUGCUUGUUGCACAUACUUUGUUCAACCAGAAAACACCAGCCACUGAACAGACCCUCUUUACUGAAGAAGAGGAUGAUGAUAGCAGUGCGGAGGUUGAGAAGGAAAUGGCAGAAGUCAUUGUUCGAAAGCUAUUUGCCAGUAGUAUUUUCCUUGAUGAUUUAGCCAGAAUUCCAGAAACAGCAGCUAAACAUUCUCCCAGUUAUCUUCGGAAAACUAUGGAAGUUGUUGAUGUUAUAUUCAAAACGUUUGAGAGUUUCUCCAAUCAAGAUGUUCAGAUUUACAUAAAGAGUGUAAAGAAGCAUAAAUUAGCUGCACAUUCAGAAUUUGAUGGGGAGUUUGAUGAAGAAUUGGAUGAAAUUGAAGCUUCAAGGAAAGCUAUAAGAAAUAGAAAGUUGGAUUUUGUUGUAUUCCAACGGAAGUUCUUUAGAAAGACAACCAUUUCUUCAUAUAUUUCGUUUCUUUCACUUUAUGAAGAUCUUUCUGUUGAAGAAAUCAAAAUGGCAUUGACCUUUUUCCAUCGAUUGUUUGUGGUUCAUCGAGAUUAUAUCUCAUUGAUAAGACUUGACUUCAUGUAUUUGUUGAAGAAGCUUAGCAAUUAUCUUCCCAAAAAAUCCAGCAUUAAAUCACAAGUGGAUGAUUUCAUUUACUAUUUCAUGAAGAAAUUUAAAGGCAUAUUCCAAAGGUUCCCCGUACCCAUUGAACUAUUGUUCCCGGAGAUCUAUGUGUACAGUCACUACUUAAAUACUGGAGAGAUUCCAGACUCUUCUCCUCCUCCCGAGAAGGCAACUAGUAGAUACUUUGCUGAUGAUACGCUUUCAAUGGACUUUAAGUUGAAGGUCUUGGCCAAUGCUCUUUAUGACGAAGGAAAGGAACGUCAAGUCAAUUGGUUAAUCACUGAAUUCAAAAGAAUUGUUGAACAAACCGGAGAAGCAGGAGAAUCCAAGAUAAAUGUUAAGUCGAAAUUUGCUAAAGAUUGGCUCUAUUCCAAUUCUACACUUCGUCUUUUAUUGACCGAAUUAGGGUUCAAUAUUGCCCAGACUUAUGAAGACAGUGAAGAUGCUUAUAGUUGUGUCAAUGUGCAAGAAUUGUUGUCUAAAGUUGAUCUUUUCGUUAGCCAUUGGACAGUUGUUCCUGGUGUCUUUGAGGAAGACAAAGAGGCACAUGACUACUUUGAAGUUGAUCGUGCCACAUCUAAUGAUGCAGGGUAUUCUUCAACGUACGCUGAACGGAGUGAACGGAAUCAAAGAACUGAAAGACCAGAUAAACUGCGUAAGCUAAGAAGAACUGCACCUUUAACAGACGAUAGCAUACUUUCAGACAGUCACCAACACCGUCCAACUAAAGAGUUUCAAUCUGCUGAAUUCAUCAACGAUACUGAUGAUGAAUCCGAUGAAGAAAGAGACCAGCAAUUCUUUGACAGAGAAGAGAAACUUCGUAAUGCCCUUUCAAAUUUCAAUACUGGGUCUAUAGAAGCCUUUAGAGAUAUGUGGAAGAGUUUACUUCUGGGUUCAACAGUGAUAUCUGAAGCCCAGACUGCAGAUAUCUUGGACUCAAAUAACAAGAUACUUGAGUCAUUGGGUAGUCAGAAUCACACCAUUGUUGAUACUGAUAUUGAGCCCCAACCUGGAGACGAACCCCCAGUUCUUGAGUCCCAUUUCCAGCAUAAGAAGAGGAAAAGAAUUGUUUUAGACGAUGAAGAUGACGAAUAA